AUGGGUUCGCUUGAUGAGACGAUCUUCGAUUUCAUCGUCGUCGGUGCCGGCAAUUCUGGCGCAAUAGUAGCCGGAAAUCUCGCACGGUCAAGUACACGGCCUCGAGUCUUGCUGAUCGAAAAGGGUGGUGACAACAAACGAGAAGAACUUCGCGUUGCCUCGGAACGGUUCACCAACGUCUAUUUGAAUCCUGAGAUUGCGACACGUUACGAGACGACACCACAGAAGCAUCUUAAUGGCCGAGUCCUUGAGUAUCUUCGUGGGAAUGGUCUUGGUGGGUCAAGUAUCGCCAAUUUCCUCGCUUAUAUCAGAGGCUCGUCGGCGGACUACAAUGCUUGGGCGGACAUUGUAGGCGAUGAGUCCUGGGCUUGGACGAGUGUGCUUGAAGCAUACAGAGAAAUCGAAAACCUACAUUUCGACGAUAAUGGGGACAAGGAUCCGGACGGCUUUGUUUCUCCACAAAAAGGCGCUCAUGGGUCUUCAGGGCCUCUUGACAUCACUCUUCCUUCGAGGUCAACCUGGCCAACCGGCUUGGAUUUGAUGAUGAAAGCGGCGUUGAAAUUUGGGUGGCCUCUCAAUCCGGAUCAAAAUGCUGGAGAAUUAGUUGGCGUUGGCGCCGUCUCGACGACGACGCAUAAAGGUUUCCGAACGACGAGUGCAACAGCCUGGCUGAACGACCUUCCUGACAACAUCAGUCUCUGGACCAAUUCUACCGUGACCAGACUACUCUUUGAUGGGAAGACAGGAUCAGCAGGGCUGAAUGCAAUUGGGGUUGUUCUAGCUGAUGGCAGAGAAGUGAGGGCCCGGAAUGAGGUUAUUCUUUCUCUUGGCACAAUCGACACGCCUAAGCUAUUGAUGCUGAGUGGCAUUGGUCCUCGCGAUGAGUUGAAAAAACUGGACAUUCCGUGCUUAGUAAAUCAGCCGAAGAUAGGGAAGGAUAUGAUCGACCACAACUACAUCGUGCUCAAUUGGGGAGUAUCAUCUCAGCUGGGUACGUCGGCCAGUUUUGAAAGAGAUCCAGAUCAAAUAGAAGCUGCUCGAUCACAGUGGAAGAAAGAGAAGACCGGACCAGAUGCAACUCGAAACCUGACCAAUAUAAUCGGGUUUCUCAAAUUCAACCCUGCAAGGUCGACCACAGUUGAACUCGAUCGACUCGAGCCAGCCAAAAGGGCCUUCAUCCAACAGCGAAACGUACCACAAAUCGAAAUCUUCCUUCAGGGGGCUGUGCUCAAGGAGUUACUGUCAGAUGAUGGGCUUGAGUCUUUACUCAUAGCAGUAAUGCUAAUGAAUCCUCAGUCUCGCGGUUCUGUGACUCUGGCUUCAAGUGAUCCAGCUGCCCCACCAAUCAUUGAAACAAAUUACUUUUCGCAUCCAUACGAUCCAGAAACGUUCGUAAAUGGGGUCGCCGAGGCACUUGCAUUUGUCGAGUCGGACGACAUAGCUAAACACAUUGUGAAGAAAAACCUAGUACCAGAAUCAGAUAGCCGAGAGGAUAUUCUAGCAUUCGCCAAGCAGAAUCUCAUGUCUGUUCUGCACCCUGUCGGUACGGUCAGGAUGGGCCACAAGGAUGACAAUACGGCCUGUGUGGAUAGUGAUUUCCGUGUCCGUGGAGUUGGGAACCUUCGAGUCAUAGACUUGAGUGUUUGUCCUGUCAUAACAAACAACCAUACUGCAGCAACAGCAUAUCUUGUAGGGCAAAUGGGGUGGAAGAGACUUGCUGUCGAGUACAAGUUGAAUGAAAACUGA